CAAAGCGCUAGCAGCGUUGGCUCUGUGAAACUAUUGAGUUAAGACGGCGGUAUUGUACUUUCACAGAUAAAUAGCUCACUUUUAACAAAUCAACAAUGUCUUCAGUUCAGUAUCUGAGAGAGUUCGUCACCGAGCGACUAACUGCUGCUGAAGAAAUCUUUGGAGCCUUCGAAAAAACUAUGGUCGAGUACGAGGAGAAGAUCGGUCGUCAGCGCAGACUGCUGGAUAUCGUUUGGAAACCAGAAGUAAAGCUACACAGAAUAGAGCUGCCACAGCAACAUGUCUGUAAGGAGGAGGUGGUUCUGGCUGACCAGCAGCUCGGGGACCAGGAGAGGAACUCCAUUCUGGACCAAGAGGACCCAGAGCCUCCACAGAUUAAAGAGGAACAGGAGGAACUCUGCAGCGGUCAGGAGGGAGAGCAGCUUGGACUGAAGCAGGAGGUUGAUCCCUUUAUGUUGACUCCUACUUAUGAGGAAAGGGACCACAGUGAAGCAGAACCAACCAGUGACCAGCAGCUCCUCUUUCACAGUUCUGCUGUAGCUGAGAGCCAGGAUCAGGAAGGAAGCCAGCAUGGAGACUCAGGAUCAGCUAGUAAUGCAGAGCCAAAGCCAAAGAGGAGACGUCACAAAGACACAAGUCACAGUAGCAAUGUGGACACCUCUCCUGUGUCAGAGGCUGACUCUGAUCCUCCCACAGAUAGAAAGUCAUUCAAGUGUGACAUGUGUGGGAAAACUUUUAGGUAUCAGUCUCAAUUGACAUACCACCUAAGAACCCACACAGGUGAGAAGCCUUAUCCUUGUAAAACAUGUGGGAAACGAUUCCAGGACUCAUCAACUUUGAAGGUUCAUUUAAGAAGCCACACCGGGGAGAAGCCAUAUUCUUGUAAAACAUGUGGGAAGUGUUUCACACAAUGUGGGAGUUUGUUGACCCACAUGAGAACCCACACAGGGGAGAAACCCUAUGUUUGCAAGACCUGUGGGAAAAGAUUCAAACAGUCAUCACACUUAAACGUUCAUUUAAAAAUCCACACAGGGGAGAAGCCCUAUGUUUGCAAUAUCUGUGGGAAAGGAUUCAAGACCUCAAAAGAUUUGAGUGUUCACUUAAGAACCCACACAGGGGACAAGCCAUAUUCUUGUAAAAUAUGUGGGAACUGUUUCAGAUAUAGUGGGAGCUUGUUGAUCCACAUGAGAAACCACACAGGAGAGAAGCCUUAUGUUUGCAAUGGCUGUGGGAAAGGAUUUAAGACAUCAAAAGCUUUGAAUGCUCAUUUUAGGACUCACACAGGGGAGAAGCCGUAUUCUUGUAGAGCAUGUGGGAACUCUUACAUACAAAGGAAGACCUUGUUAAUCCACAUGAGAACCCACACAGGGGAGAGGCCAUAUGUUUGCAAGACCUGUGGGAAAGGGUUUAAGCAGUCAUCGCAUUUGAAUGCUCAUUUUAUAACUCACACAGGUGAGAGGCCAUAUGUUUGUGAGACCUGUGAGAAAGGAUUCAAGCGAUCGUCAGACUUGGAUGUUCAUUUAAGAACCCACACAGGUGAGAAGCCGCAUUCAUGUAAAACAUGUGGGAACAGUUUCACACAUAGGGGGAGCUUGAUGAGCCACAUAAAAACUCGCACAAGGGAGAAGCUGUAUUCUUGUAAAACAUGUGGGAAAGCUUACAUACAAAGGAAGAACUUGAUAAUCCACCUGAGAACCCACACAGGGGAGAGGCCAUUUGUUUGUGAGACCUGUGGGAAAGGAUUCAGGCGUUCAUCAGAUUUAAAUGCUCAUUUAAUAACCCACACAGGUGAGCGGCCAUUUGUUUGUGAGACCUGUGGGAAAGGAUUCAAACGAUCAUCAGAUUUAAAUGCUCAUUUAAUAACCCACACAGGUGAGAAGCCGCAUUCAUGUAAAACAUGUGGGAAUGGUUUUACACAAAAGAAGAGCUUAUUGAUCCACAUGAGAACCCACACAGGGGAGAGGCCAUAUGUUUGCAAGUUGUGUGGGAAAGGAUUCAAGACGUCACCAAAUUUGAAUGUUCAUUUAAGAACCCACACAGGUGAAAAGCCGUAUUUUUGUAAAACAUGUGGGAAUGGUUUUACACAAAGGAAGAGCUUAUUAGUCCACAUGAGAACCCACACAGGGGAGACGCCAUAUGUUUGCAAGACAUGUGGGAAAGGAUUCAAGACAUCACCAAAUUUGAAUGUUCAUUUAAGAACCCACACAGGGGAGAGGCUGUAGUCUUGUAAAACGUGUGGGAACUGUUUCACAUGAAGGGGAAUGUUGUUGAAACACAAUCCAUACAGUUGAAAAGACGUACUCCUGCAGCACCUGUUGGAAAAGAUUCUACACGGCAGCAAAAACACAUAAGAGUUUAUACUGAUUAAAAGUCAUUUGCUUACAAGUCGUGGGAGAGCUUUCAGAUAUCGCUUUCAAGGCAGUGAACAAAGUCAGACCUCAUUCAGGAAUAUUGAUUUGGAGGUAACACAAUUGCCCUUUGAGCCCCCAAGUGUUUGCUUUUGAUUGACAUGAAGUUACCAACACCACCACAGUAGUUCAGAUUAUAACUCCAGGGAAACCCUUUCUACCUCCACUUUCUACCAGUUCGCUGAAAUGUACAUUAUGAUAGAGUAAUAUUUGUAAUUACAUAAUAGGCCAUGUCUCAAGUUGAAACAUGACAAGCUUCACAGAAUGAAAUGUUUACUGUUAGUGUCUUAAUUCACUUGGUAUAAUUUAUCGACCUAGAUAUGUUUACUUAAGAUCACUGUAGAUGUAGAAUUUUUAAUCUAACCAAUUAUUACUUGUUUCAUAUUCUUUGAUAAUUUCGGUAAAAUACAUUUAUUCGCUACCAACCCCUGUACUUUAGAUAAAGACAUUAUUAUCCAUUUGUCAGAUAGUCUGAGAAUCGUUUGUGCUUGAAUAGGAGAUGUUCACUUGCGUGUAUGUGUACGCCAUUAUUCAGCCAUUUCUCUACUACAAAUUAUGACAUGGUUUUAUUCACUGUGUUGUUUAUGUUAAGUUCUGGUGAGAGAACAAUUGGUCUCAUAUAGUAGUUAGACUUCUAGAUGGAUUCCUUAAUAUUUUGAUAAAGAUAAAGGCAAUAUUUCCUCUUGUUCUUUCUUGGUGUGGCUGACCCAAGAGCGUCAGAUCCGUGACUAACCCCACUCUUCACACUGAAGAUUGCUCAUUUGAUUAGUAAUUUAUGGAUGAUUAAUUGAUCACAAUGAUGACAUCAAAUCAUGGUUUGUCUGGCACAAAGCGGACCUGCUGCUCCAAAGCAAUUAUUUUAUUACUAAAUUAAAUUUGAGGCAAAUCCACUACAUCCCCGAUGUGGCUUCUCAGGAGUCAAAAGACUGGUUUUCUUUGUGAACUGAAAACUGAACCAACUCAACGCUGCUGCUGCUGCACGUGCUUUGUUAAAGGGCCCACGGUGCUUUUCCUUGUUUUCUGACAUAUCCACAAUGUUACAAGGGUGAAAUAUCAUCUUCGAUAUGACCUACAGCUCAUAAAAUGAGGUGUACAUAUGUUCUAGUAUUUCUAUGCAGAAGCAACUCGGGUUUAUACAUG